GUCACAUCCUCCAACUAAUUGCUCCCCAACCACCUCCGAGAUACAAUUGAACGUGAAUUGUGCUUACAUAUCCUUCACUGCAUAUAUUGUAUUAACCACGCGAACCACAAUUUCUCCACAUUAAACAUCCGUCGCAUCCUCCGCUGGAGGUGAAACAAUGGCCGCCGACGAUUCCAUGUCCGCUUCUCAGUCGCAACUCUCGUCCUCCACAUCGACCCUUUCGCCUUCCAAAAUUUGCUCGAAAACCUACAAGAAAGCCUCCCAACUCUUUUUAACUCGUCGGCUGCAAGAAACUCUAGCAACUCUCGAACCCAUCAUCACAGCCAGCCAGCCAAAUGACGAACAAUAUGCCAACGGCGAGUCACUACCGCCAAUUGCUAUGGCUCAGGCUACGUGGAGGAUAAAAGCGUGGAACCUAUACAUCACACUGCUCAGCGCAAUAGUCGAUCUGGGGCCCGAGGAAGGAAAAGCAACGUUCGGUCAGAAAGAGUGGAAGGCUAUCUCCACCAAAGUGCGCGAAGGCGAGAUCUGGGAGACAGUUGUUCAGACGGGUUACAAAGGCCGGGAGGGCUCAGUGGAUGCCGAGGUCGUAUAUAAUCUAGCAACUUUGUUAUUGAAUCAUUCUCCUUCCCAGAAACUCAACCAGCAGCGACUCGAGACCUACCUUUCAUCAUAUGGUCAACCAAAUCUGGAUAUAGCUGAGCAUCUACAGAACUUCCCAAGUCGACAAUCCAAGGCCAGAGUCAACGGCGGGACCGACACACCUAAAGAUUUGGCCGCUCGGGUAAGGAUCAUCGAACUUUUCACCCUUCAUGUUCUUCCUAGGAACGAAGAGUGGGACUAUGCGAGCGAGUUCAUCAACCUGAGUGAGGUCCUCGAUGAAGAACGGAAAGAAAUGUUCUUACAAACCCUCGAUGGACUCAAGGAAGAGAAAGAGCAAGGCGAACUGCGCGCUGCGGCACUCCAACGGGAGAAGGAUGCCGAGCUAGAGAGACAGAUGCGUGAAGCAGAACGUCAAAAGAAAGAGGAAGAGGCCGCUGCGGCUGAGAGCUCGAAGAAGGGACAUGCCCGUGACAACAGUGAGGUGGAUUAUGGUAUUGAGAAAGCUAACCUGAACCGGAACGGAAGUAUCAAAGGCAGAAAGGGCGAGAAACAGUCCGGUAGCAAGGUCAGCACAUCGUCCAACCGAACUGCCUUCUCGCCGACCCGUUCAAAAAAUAUUAAGAGACCAGAAAAGCCUGUAUCUCGACCCGGGCAAACGCGCGCGCUAGCAAACGUACUGCGCAACAUUUUGCGGUAUAUCACUAAGACUAUCGCCGGCAACCCACUAUCGUUCGCUCGGACAUUGUUAUUCCUGCUAGGGCUUUUGGUGGCACUAAGCAGACAAGGCGUUCGGGAACGCCUUCAGAGAAUAACGGGAGCUGGAUGGCAGAAAGUCAGAGGAACCCUCGGAAUGGGCGUGAAAGUGAGUUAUAUUUAGAUGUAUAUUCUUUGUCUCUUCGACACUCCAUGGCCGAUACAUCCCUGUUAAAUUGAGAGUUGAAAACCACGUUCGUGCGUCGGGUGAUUCCUCGAACUGGGCUUGCAGGCCGAUAUGUUGUUAUGUAGGAUUGUUUCUUCUCC